AUGGUUAAAAUAAAAUUUUUUAGAUGGUUUUUAAAGAAAAGAAAUAAAAGAGGAAACAAAAAAAUUUCCAAAAGAAUUAGAAAACAAUUAAAAAACCAACAAAAACAACAAAAGUUACAAAUAUUAAGACAAAAACGAUUAUUAAAACAACUAAAUCUAAACAGAAAUCCAUCAUACAACGCCAAAUAUGACAUAUUUCCUUCAAAUUACCCAAAUGAUUCAAAUCCUUCCAAUAUCAACAGCUCUAUUAACAACAAUAAUAAUUCAAACCAUAAUCAACAUAAUCAAUAUGAACAAAGUAGGUUGAUACAACAACACGAACCAAAUAAUCAACAUUUAUAUUAUUUAAUUGGACCAAACAAUAAUAAUGUAAAUCAUACUAGCAAUCAUUAUAAUAAUAAUAAUUCGAGAAGCAUCAAUAAUAAUGGUUUUGACAACGAUUUUGAAAAUAAUCACAAUUCCGAAAAUAAUUAUGAUCGCAAUUUUGAAAACAAUUAUGAUCGCACACCAAUACCCCAAUCACCAACAACAAUUUAA